GUUUGCACCUGUUGCAACAUGUUUCUUUCUAUUCUUAGAGCACACGGCUCCAUUGGCUCAGCUCGAUGCCCAGCUCAGUGCGGAGCUGCACUCGGCGACGCGCUGAUGGCCUACACUCGCAAGGUGCGGCUGCUGGCACCAUGGACGGAUCCAGAGGUGCUUUGGGAGGGAAAGGCCGCUGAGCUCUUGGUCUCGUCGGUGGGCGCGGUACUGCAGGGCAGUGUCAGCAGCGAGGCGGCCGUCCGGCCGGGCACUUGGCCGUUGGGACGCCUGGAGGGCGAAGUGCCUCCAGAGGCCCUGCGGAGCCUGGUCUUGGCGGCGCCCGAGCGACCGGAGCGCGGGGAUUUGCCCAAGUACGACCGCGCCGCGCUGUUGGACAUUGUGGGGGAGAAGUUGACCUUGAUCCAAGGUGAUGGUGCCAUCGUUCGCAUCCAGCUGAGUGGUGUGGCCUGGCUUUUUGCACCACAGCAGCAGCUUCUCUUGGAGGACCAGACGAUCAGUCUCCGAUGUGCAGAGGGCAUGGUCUUCUGGGGGGGCUGCUUCCGUACUGCAUUUUCCCAAGAAGAGAUCCGCAUCGGGCGCCUGCCCAGCGAGCUCCGGCCGUGCGGCGGCCGCCGGAGUUAUUUGUCAGUGUGUUUCCACAAUGGCCACAUUCACGUCUUGCGUUUCACCGUGGAAGGUGAGACUGGUCACGUUCAGGUGCAGGGGAGCCACGUGCAGGGCCGCGCGCGCGACGGGCACGCCUUCGCCGUGAGCGUCAAGGCGGCCACGCUGGAGACGCCCAUGAGCUCGGUGCGUUACCUGCUGACUCCCGGAAAGCCCUUGGAGCUGCUGGCCGCGGCUCGGCCGCCGAAGCAGCAGGCAGCGCGCAAGCAGCUGGCUUACCUGGGGCUGCAAGAUGAUGAGGCGAUCGACGGCGAUGAGUUGGAGGGCUUCCAGAUCGCCAGCUGUCGACGUGCGGGGCACCUGGUACUCUUAGACGGCGCUGUCUUGUUGAAAGCGGCGCACCGCUAUACGGCCUGGGCUCGGCUGCCGGUCGGGUGUCGCCCGGAAGUCCGGGUGACUCUGGUCGUGGCCCGGGGCUUUCCCAAGCAGCAGUUGGCCAUGGAAAGGUUGGACAUCUUCCCCAACGGCGAGUGCCUUUGCCCACAAUUGCCCGAGGACCUAGGUGCAACCCACGCGCUCCACCUCGGCGGCGCCGUCUUUGGCGUUGAAACGCGCGCCGACGUGGCGGACGCAGCGGACGUCUCGACGGACGCCCCGACGGAAGCGCGAGCGGAAACGGAGGAAGCGCGGCCGGUGGAGGAUGGCCUCAGCAGUCUGCGAGAGGACGAUUCGCCCGCCUUGGCCUGGAAGCGGCUGCAGGACCUGGAAGCUCGGGACCGGCGCUUCCGCGGCAAGUUCCAAAGUGUGGCCGAGUUCAAAGAGUUUGAGCGCACGCUGCAAUGGUUCCGGGCCCACGACUGUACCGAGAGCCACCGACUGACGCACUCAUGCUUCAAGGGUCGUUCGGACUUCACUCAGACAGGCAUGUUGGUCUUUGAUACGGAGGAGGAUUUAGAGGGACUGAACAAAGCAAUCGCAUGGCUAUUCCAUCGGCAUAUUCCAGUGGUCUUAAUGGAGCGCCAGACGCGGGUCUUUCCCUUGAUCUUCGAUAUGGAUUUAAAGGUGACGUCCAAAAAACUGCUGGAUGCGGUGCCUCGACGCCUGAAGCUUGCACGGCCAUGGCGGCACCAGGUGGACUUUUGCUUGUGGCACGGUGCAGACCACUUUGUGCUGAGCGAGGACUUGGUGCUUUUGCGGCACUUGGGGAUGAUUGUGUUUCAGUUCUUCCCGGAUUUACCACUCAUUGACUUCUGCAUCUUCAAUGCCUCCGGCUGGGAUCGAGUCAAGGAGUUGGUGAAGGUCUCAUUGCAUUUGGUAGCACCCUAUGUCUUGGUGACACCUGAGCGCUUGGGUUCCAUCCGCGAGCGGAUGUUGGAAUACCUGGGCGAGUGUUCUGAGGUGGAGGAUCAUCCCUUGGCAAAGGUCUUGCAGACCUACUUGGAGGAGUCCGAGGACAACACCUGGGACAAGGUUGUGGAUCAGACAGUCACCAGCGGCACCAACGGCCUCCGGAUGCCCUACUGCGACAAGGCGCAAAGGAUCCUCAAGCGGGAGUUUGUGGAGCGGAAGGAGAAAGGGGAGUUCUUCACCGAGCGCGAGCUCAUGGAUCAGCAUGCCUACCUCAAAGAGGAGGCGGGAAGGCCUUGCUUGCCGGAGGGCAUCCUGCGGUUGAUCCCUUGCAAGGACCCCGAGAGUGACUUGGCCCUGCCGGAGGCCCGUUGGAUGUGCAAAGGCAACGACCUCCCGAUCGACGAGUGGAUCCGCUUGGGGCGUUGUCGUCAUUCCUGGCGCCUGCCUUUGGCACCAGGCCCAACGCUUUGGCGACCUCCCUUGCGGUAUCAAUGGGCUGAGCCAGCAGCGCCUUGGGAGGACCGCGCCCAGCUCAAGGGUAGCCCAGUCGUCCGACGCUACAGUGGCAGCUGUGCGGAGUUCCGGCACCAAUGGCAAGAGGCGCUGCCCGAGACGCGCCUGUUGGGCCGUUGGCUCUGCGGUCGCGACGCUCGCUGGAUCGGUGGCCUCCAGGAGACCUCGACCCAUGAGGUGCGCUACAUCCUCAAGGCACAGCGAGUGGUGCUGCUGCUCUCGCCAGAGCCCUCAGCUGCCUUGACCUUCACAGAGUUUCGCAAGGCGCUGGAGGGGUGGACAGAGCCCGAUGAUGUGAUGUGUGUGCCCAUUUGUGGCGCCCCCUUCGAUCGCCAUGCUUCGGCACUGCACACCAUUGUGGCGCCCUCGGAGGAGUUCCCCAGCAUCCAGGCCGCGCUGGAUGCGGUGCCCUUCGACGAGCCACUGCAUCGGGUCUUGUUGCGCCAGGGAAGCUAUGAAGUCUCCACCUUGGAAAUCCAGCGGCCUGUGCUUCUGGAAGGCGAAGGCCACUGGGAGACGACCUUGUCAUGCACCGGCGGCCCGGUCUUGCGCUUGUCGGGCCUGGCCAGCCAUGCGAUGGUCCGGAACUUGCGCUUGAAGGCUGGAAGCAACGGGACGUGCCACGGUGCCGCGGCGGUGGAGAUUCGGACGGAGGGGGAGCCGACCAUCGUGGGCUGCCGGCUUUACGCGGAAGGGCCCUGGGGCAGCUGCAUUAGUGCCUACGGGGGCUCACCGCAGAUUCUGCGGAACUUUGUCUCCUGUGCUCGCUGGGGCUUAGUUUUGGUGCAGACGGCGGGGCGCGUGGAGGACAACAGUAUCCGUGGCCUGGGAGAAGCGGGUGUCGUCCUGGUUGGGGGCAGCACCUUCAUCCAUAGGAACAGUUUCUCCGACUGCGGAGGCCCAGCCAUCCUGGCGGUCUCAGACUGCUGCGCGGUGCUGCAGAAGAACGAUGUCCGUGACUGCUUGAGCGGUGUCAAGGUCAUGGGGAAGCGCUCGGAGAUCCAGAUGCGUACCGGGAACCGGCUGUUGCACAACGGCAUCAUGGAUGAGCAUCAGCUCGAAGCACCUCCAGGCGUCAUCCCCAUUGGUGCCACGGCGACGAUCAAAUCCUGCAGGCCCUUCAGCUUUCUACCCAAGAGCACAGAGGAGCUGUCACAACGCUUGAAGAUCAGUCAGGAGUACUCGGAACUGCUGAUCCUGAUCCGCGCGGCUCGGCGCAAGGCUUUAUGGGCACAGGCAGCCAAAGCCUUCGGCCGACUGCAGCAGCUGCCAGAGCCCGACCUGCGGCCCGGUGGCCGCGCACGGCCCGGUGCCGCGAAGGUGGCGCCGGCGGCGCGGGAGGUGCUGGUGGCAGGGAAGGCCUGGGACGGCCCUGGUGCCGGCUAUGGAGAGCAGUGUGUGGCGGUGCUGCCAGGCACCAUGUGCGAAGUGCUCCGGCGUGGGCCGCAGGGCUGGUUGUUGGUUUGGACCUCGGGUAACCAGAGGGGCUGGUGCAGCCCCCACGUCUUUGGCUGAAGGAUGCGAGACAGGGACUGUGUCGCCUUGGCCCAUUGCCACCGUGUGUGGCGUGUCUCCAGUGCGGCGGCAAAGCACUGUCGCAGCUUGCAAACUGCCGCAGCGUAGCACAUGUUGCGAAAAGCACGGGUCAUUUCGGGGCGCCUGGUGGCUGUGCUCAGGAACAGAUGUUCUGUUUCCAAUGCUUUCUCUACCAGAAUUUCCCAUAGUACUAUUUAUAGUAGUAUAGCCAUCUCUUUGUUUAGCUGGCCAUUUAAAAUUCGUC